AUGGACGAGAGCAAACCCCUGAAGGUGCGGCUGACGUUCUCCGUGAUCCUGGUGGGCAUCUCGCUGCUCUUCGCGGCCGUGGUCACCGACCACUGGGCCGUGCUCAGCCCCAGCCUGGAGGAAAACACCACCAGCUGUGAGGCGGCGCAUUUCGGGCUCUGGAGACUCUGCACCAAGCGGAUUUUCAUGCAGGAGCCAGGUCCCAAAGAGAAGAGCUGUGGGCCCAUCAGCCUGCCAGGAGACCACAACUGCUCCUACUUCAAGCACUUCACUCCAGGAGAGACCUCAGAGAUAUUUGAAGUAACCACCCAGAAAGAAUACAGCAUCUCAGCUGCAGCCAUUGCCAUCUUCAGUGUUGGCUUUGCCAUCAUUGGGACGAUCUGUGUGCUCCUGUCCUUCAGGAAGAAGAGGGAUUAUCUGCUGAAGCCAGCAUCCAUGUUCUACACCUUUGCAGGUCUCUGCAUCAUCAUCUCUGUAGAAGUCAUGAGACAAUCCGUGAAGAGGAUGAUUGACAGCAAGGAGACAGCCUGGAUCAAGUACAGUUACUCCUGGUCCUUCGCCUGUGCCUGCGCCGCCUUCGUGCUGCUCUUCGUCUGCGGCAUCGCCCUCCUCCUCAUCGCGCUGCCCCGCUUCCCCCAGAACCCCUGGGAGACCUGCAUGGAUGCAGAACCCGAGCACUGA